UAUUAACAUACAUUUUCUACAUAAAUAAUCAACUAUAUUUCAUGAUAAGUGAAUUCGAUUUUAUAAGAUACAAUUUAUAAUUAUUAUAAUGCCUCGUUGUACGGCCACAUCAGUGGAACAAAUAUUUGAAAUCCUGCAAAAAAAAAUUGUUUUUAACAAAAAUGGUAGCAUCGUAAAGAAAUCAGACAAACUAUGGAAAGAAGCAAGUUCUUCAAUAAAAAAUGUAGUUUGUGGAACUACUUUAUACUUUUAUGUUGCAAAAGACUGGAAUGGAUUAGCUACGAAAUUGAAAGAAUAUUAUCGCCAAAAUGAAAAUCCAGAAUGUGCUGCAAGUGUAAAAAAGGAUAGUAAAAUUAUUGAUGAUUGUCCAAAAUUAGUUUUCACAAUUAUAUUUGACAGAACAGAAUGGCUAGGACUUCAGCCAAUAUUAAAAGAAGAGAAAAAAAUUCUGCCUGAAGGAUGGACACAUCUUAUAAUGAAGAAGAUUUGGAUGUCUCAACAAAUACCUUGUCCAUAUAGUUUUAAAAAAGGAUAUGUGUCUUCUAAGAAUAAUACUAUCAAAUUCCAUGGUAGUUGUAAAGAGUGUGGAAAUUCUAUUAGUGGAAUUUGUAAUAUAUCAACUGCAGAAAAUCAAACAUUUCAUAUAAAUACAUAAGACUCCAAAACAAUUAGACAUUUUAAAAAACGAUUCAUAUCAGGACCAUUAAGAAAUGAAACUCAGAAAAUUCUUGUAAAUGAAAAGGCAUUGAAACAUAAAAGAACUGAGGCCAAAACCCUUAUUAAUUAUGGAAAUGUGGAAGGGCCUCUUGUCCAUACAACUCCUGUACUAAGAAAAGUAAGACAACAGGGUAUUUUUAAGACUUAUGGCAUAGAAUCUACGACAAAUAUUGUGGAUGCAAUUAUUUCAAUGAAAAUCGAUGAAAAAUGGUCUCCAAUUAUUAAGCAAAUAGGAGAUUUUCCAUUUAAUGUUGUAUUUUGGUCAAAUGAACAAAUAGAUCUCUGGAACACUAUUAAUUCUGCAAAUGAUAUAUCGGUAUCCCUCGAUGCAGCUGGACGCUUUGUUAAAAAAAUCAGGAUAGGAAGCGAAGUGUCGUCACAUAUAUUUUUAUAUGUUAUCAGUGCGUCAUUUGGUGGUAAAAUUUAUCCCCUCUUUCAAUUUCUGUCAGAGUAUCAUGCAACAAUAUUCUUGAAAGAUUGCUUGAACUUAUGGCUCGAAGGUAGUGUCUCGAAACCACAGCAAAUUGUAACGGAUAGGUCCAGUGCUUUGCAAAAUGCUAUUUGUUUAGCAUUCAAUAAUUGUUUAUACAAAGAGUACUUAGUAAUAUGCCACAAAAAACUUUUAAGAUUAAGUAAUAAUUUACCCGCAUGUUUUUACAGAAUGGAUAUUGCUCAUUUAAUAAAAUCUGUAACAA